UUACGCUGCUGCCGCGGACAAGUGGAUACCAGCCGGGAUGUUCCUCUUCGAAAAGCGCUCGUUUUGAAUCGAAUCGUUUCGGUCGGAGGAGGAGGAGGAGGAGGGACGGGUUGCUGCGGUGAGUCCGGCUCGCGGCUGAGACCGAUGAACCUGCGGUGUCAGCGGCUGUAGGUAACGGCUGUCUUUGUUCGGCUUUGUGCGGCUUCUUCUCCCCUUCAACCCCGCGACAUGGAGCGCUUAGAGAAGGAGCACCGGUCGGACGACGAGGCUGAAUAUGAAGACGAGGAGGUGGACCCCAGAAUUCAGGGGGAGCUGGAGAAACUCAACCAGUCCACCGACGACAUCAACAGAUGUGAGACAGAGCUCGAGGACGCGAGGCAGAAGUUCCGUUCGGUUUUGGUGGAGGCCACAGUGAAGCUGGAUGAACUGGUGAAGAAGAUUGGCAAGGCCGUGGAGGAGUCCAAGCCUUACUGGGAGGCCCGCAGAUUGGCCAGACAGGCCCAGCUGGAGGCCCAGAAGGCCACCCAGGACUUCCAGAGAGCCACUGAGGUUCUGCGGGCAGCGAAGGAAACCAUCUCCCUGGCAGAGCAGAGGCUCCUGGAGGAGGACAACCGGCAGUUUGACUCCGCCUGGCAGGAGAUGCUGAACCACGCCACUCAGCGGGUGAUGGAGGCAGAGCACACCAAGACGAGAAGCGAGCUGGUGCACAAAGAGACGGCGGCCAAAUACACGGCAGCGAUCGGCCGCAUGAAGCAGCUGGAGAAGAAGCUCAAACGCACCAUCAACAAGUCCAAGCCCUACUUUGAGAUGAAGGCGAAGUACUACCUGCAGCUGGAGAACCUGAAGAAGAACGUCGACGAGCGGCAGGCCAAACUGUCUCAGGCCAAAGGCGAGUACAAGACGGCCCUCAGGAACCUGGAGAUGAUCUCCGACGAGAUCCACGAGCGACGACGAAACUCGGCCAUGGGGCCCCGAGAGCGCGGCGUCGGUGCCGAGGGCGAAAGUGUCUCCGGAGACGACAUCUCCAGCUUUAAGAUGGAGUCGGAUGGAAUAUCCAUGGCCUCGGUGUGUUUCGACGACGAGCCGGGCGGCGGAGGCAGCAUCAUGUCUGAAGAAGACUCAGAGACUCGCUCCACCUGCAGCCUGGGUUCGUCUCCCAGCAGCCCCCAGGAGGUCCUGUCGCCUUGUCCCUUUGCCAGCUCCUCUUCCUCCUCCUCCUCCUCCUCUUCCUCCUGCAUGUCCUCCUCCGCUUCUCCGUCUCCCACUCCGUCCUCCUCCUCCUCCACGUCCUCCCCAGCUCCUCUGUCCAGGCCCUGCAGUCUGGACCUCCCCAGCACUGUGUCACUGUCCGACUUUGGCCUCAUCUCGCCGGUGCUCGGGCCUCGCAGCGAAUGCAGCGGAGCGUCGUCACCUGAAUGCGACCUGGAGAGAGGUGACCGGGCCGAAGGCGCAGAGGGCGAUCUGGACAACGCUCCAGCCAGCAGCAACAACAACAGCUCCACGGCCAGCACCAAGAAAAGCUUUAGCCUGGAAGCACGCUUUAGCUUUCUGAACCUGCGACGCCCACGAGCCGCCAAAAACACAGACUCCCAGAAGACGGAGCCUGGGCAGCCCUUGGUGCUGGUCAAAGGAGUCUAAGGACCACGAAUAGGAUCCGUUGGAGUUGGACUCUGCCUUGACUCACUCUGAACCGAACUCUGAGGAGCUGUUUAUAAGCUAGCUGCCACUACUGCACUUCAUUCCCGAACUCCACGCUCAGAGGGAGACUUUGAAUGUCAUAGCUGGUGUGUAUAAAGUUUCUUGUACAUGUCGGCAGCGAUGCGACUCCCAUCUCCUCCGCUACAGACACUGCACCUUUUGGACUCUCAUACCAGAGAAGUAAAGAGCACUCUUAUGUUGAAAAUGUAUUCAAGGUGAUGAAAGUAUUGAAAAAAAAAAAAGAAAGAAAAAAACAACAUAAAUUAUUCAUGUUUUUUUUUUUUUUUUUCCACUGAAAGCUGCAAAAGCUUUUUGUCACAAACGCUCACGUAGCUGCGACUUGGGGGAUCAUCUGAAACCUGCUCUGGUAGAAGUGAUUAUCAGAACUGUUAACUGGCACAUAGCAUGCUGUAAACCAUGCAGAGGAGUUGUUUCUGCUUAGUCCACGGAAGUACAGUCACAUGUGGAGAUGUUUCAUCAAUAACUAACCUCUGAACUUCUGCCGUAUACUCCUGCUGUGUUUGAUAUAUGACAAUGUUGUAUUUUCUGAUGUUAUGUAAAGUGUUCGGGUUUUAGGCCUCAAUUGUUAGGAAUUAAAAAAAGAGUUAACUUCCCAUAAAAACUACAAAGUACAAAAGUAAAAUUUAGCCUAGUUUUUAAAUUUUCAUUUUUCUGUUAUACGCCCUCAUGGCAAAGUUAAUGUACAAUCUGUCCUUUAAUUAGAAUGUAAUCAGUAUAAAUACAUAAACAAGUUGAUGCAAAGUGAGUUUCAGCUAACUUGCUCCUACAUAUGAAAAGGUAAAUUCAGAAGAGUUUCAACACAUGCUUGCUGAUUCCAGUGCACACAGAGGUUUUCUUACAUCAGCUGUAUUUGUUUUGACAUGACAGGUGACUUAGGGUGGUUAAUAUUAGCACAUUUUAGGUAGAUGUUGCCAUGGAAUUGCCAUUACUGAGUCAGUUUGCUGACUUUAGUCUCCAUUUGUCCCUGUUGAAGCAGCUCACAGGUAAAGAGCAGAAAGGUUUUAUAGUAAAAAAAUAAAACAGUAAGUGAACACCAGGCCGUCGUCUUGUCAGCAGAGUUUCAAGUUUGUUGAAUCAGUAACAUCAACACAGAAAGCCAGAAAGUUAUUCAGCAAUUACGACAGAGUAUUUGUUAGUCAGCUUUUUAAAAUAAUAAUUUAUUGGAUUUUGGACUGUCGGAUGGAAAAAAAAAUUAUAUUAAUUAAUGAAAAAAAAUAUUUAGAAUGAUUUGAUUUACUGAACAUUUAACUGACAAAAAUAUGAUGUUCACUUUUACACCAUGACAGCAUUGAAACGCAGUAAAAAAAACUGGAUUUUCAGCUGAUGUUAAGUUUCUUAUUUAGGUUGAAACGAUGCAUUUCUGCAUAAACAGACUGAAUUUGGUUGCUUUAUCUGAAAACAUUUGAGUGUUCGUAAAACAGUUCAGCAUCUUGCUUUUCCUAAACACAUAACGGUAGGUGACAGAUUAAUAGUAGUGUUACAUGGCAACCAGCAGUUUGCUUUUAUCUACAGAAAAUCUGCCCUGACAUGAAAAUAACUUUGCAAAUUAAUGCCCAUCUUGUUCAUCAUUUGGAGGUAAUUUGAGCAAAAACUGGAUUUGGUUCGAAAAGGCAGAUCCGUAAUGGGCUGCACUCACCUAUGCAAUGAAAAACUGUUGAGGUAGCAAACACAUGCAAUGUCAAAAAAGUUUUCAUUUACUGUUUACACUGGUUGGUGUGAAGGACUGCUGUAUUCCUGAGCUGUUUAAAGUUGAUAAUGGAUAAUGUUUUAAAACCAAUCAUCCUUCUAGGAAAAAAAAAAACAUGAAAAUCAAGGCCUAUUGAAAUAAUCUUUGCAGACAAUGUGAUCAGCCUAAUACCAUUGCGGUGUGUCCCUCAGGGCUCCAUACUAGAGUCUCUACAUUUUCCUACAAACCCCUAAAAACUAGCGGACGUAUUGGAGGACAAAGCAAUACAAGGACGUAGACGUUGAACUUCACGCCUACAUCUCGUGACGGACACUCACUGUAGAGCUUUUGGACGCGAGUAUAAAAGGAAAUUUUAAUUCAUUUUUCUGAUUGUGAACAGAAAAGCUCAUCGGUGUUGGACUGUGUUACUGAAGAUGUUUACAGGCUGAGACACCAAUAAGCGAACUGUAAUGUGGAACUGAAUACUUUAGGCCUUGUUAAGGAAUUACUUUUCAACCAUGUACCCACUGUAUGUUUUUUGUUUGUUUUUUUUAUUGCCUGUUUGGAUGCCAUGUAACGAGAGAAGUAGCUGGAGGCUUCACCCAGUUUGGUUUUGGCUUUACUCGGUGAAACCAGUGAUAACUACUACUGGCUAGAAGACGUUUCAUUUGUGUUUGAGCCGAGAACAGCAUCUAAGGUUUCUUUAAGGAGCAACAGGAACAAAAUAUUCCUUAAAAGUAAAGCUUUUUUUUUUUGUCAUAUUACUUUUGUCUCUCAGUGGAAAAAGGAUAAUGCUGGUGAUUGUCCAUAUUUUUCUUGUCAACGAAAACCAUAAGAACACCAAAACCAGUAAAGCGUCCGUUGGUUCCUUCUGAAGAAAAAAAAUACAUAUUUUCAUUUUUAUAAGAGACUCAGAACUAAUUCAAAGCAGCUGGCCAUUGAAGUAGGAAUAGUUUCUCUGUAUGGGACUAUUUUCAGUGGCAGAUUAAAGGACAUUUGGUGUUCUACUCAUUAUUUAAGACAGUGGGAGGAUUUAUGCAUCCAUGACAUCAAAGAAACACGUUGCCCAGGGCAACAGCGUGGCUCGCUGAUGCUUUUUUUUUUUUUUGAACACUGAACCUCUGUGGCACAGAAACAUGUGGUACAAAAGGCUCUGGAUGCACACAGUAUGCCUAUUAGUAGCUUUUAUUUAUUUAUUUUUGACAGAAAGAUAUGAAUAAUCACCAGACUGACCCUUGAAUCAUGUUCCAUUGUGCUGUUCGUUGUCUGUUCUCUGUCACAUGACAAACGCCACGAAGCAAAGAAUGCAGUUGGAACGUGAUGCUGGUCUGGUCAUCUGUAGAAAACAAACUGUUUUGAAGUAACUGGAGAGCAUCAUUUCUUAAUUCUUGGACUGUGAUCUUGAGAGGUUUAAGUAAUCGGAGGGCAAGAAUUUCUCAACUGUAGAAUCACUGAUGGUUCAUUUUCCUGGUGCCUACAAAGCUAUGCAGAGCAGGUGAUCAGAACAAAUAGACAAAUGUUAAACCCUUGCCCUUGUUAGUAGUGAAGGAAGACUGGUUUGCAGCCUUUCGCCUCCUGUUAUCUUUCCUGGGUCUGUGUAUUACGUGUGAACAAACUGUGACAUGACGUGUAUAGCUCUCUGUAUAAUCUGUGUCACUUUCUGAUGUGCGGUUGCCGACCGGCCUCCCCUCUCGUAGCUGUUUGUGUGCAGCAGCGGGUGUCUCAGUCCGCUGCGUCGUCUCUCGGCGGCUUACAAGCUUGUGCCUGUUUUUCAGAUGGAGUAAAAUAAAAGCGAUGAUUCACUUCA